AUGGAGCAGCUGGGGGGGGGGGGGGGGGAGCAACAACAGACCAGGACAAGGAACAGGAUCCAGAGCAAGCACCGCCCACUGGACAAGCGGGCCCUGCAGGAGAAGCGGAAAUACUUUCCGGUGUGUGUGAACACCAAGUCACAGCCUGAGGAUGAAGCAGAGGAGGGACUUGGGGGUCUUCCCCGCAACAUCAGCUCCAUCAGCUCCCUGCUGCUCUUCAACACCACAGAACAUCUGUACAAGAAGUAUGUUUUCCUGGACCCUCUGGCUGGCGCAGGAACAAAAACCCACACGAUGCUGGGCACAGAAGAGGAGAAGUUGUUUGAUGCCCCCCUGUCUAUCAGCAAGCGAGAGCAGCUGGGGCAGCAGGCUCUGGAAAACUACUUCUAUGUGCCAGACCUGGGUCAGGUUCCUGAGAUCGAUGUGCCCUCCUACCUACCUGACUUACCUGGAAUCGCAGAUAACCUCAUGUACAGUGCGGACCUGGGGCCUGGCAUUGCCCCCUCCGCUCCUGGUGUCAUCCCAGAGCUGCCCACCUUCCACACAGAGGUAGCUGAACCUUUCCAGACAGAGCUAGAGGAUGGUGUGCUGCUGGCAGCACCACCACCACUGCCACCUCCCCCACCACCUCCCCCAGGUCCCACAGUGGUGGUCAGUGCCCCCCAACCACCAGUGUUCCCUGAAGUGGCGGCUGCACCUGGCCAUGCUGCCAGGGAAGAAGAUAUUAGCGGCAGUAUGGCCCACUCAGCCUCUGUUCAAGGAACUCCCGAGGAGGAGGUUGACCCCUCCAGUGGCCGGGCCACCCUACUGGAGUCCAUCCGCCAAGCUGGGGGCAUUGGCUAGGCCAACCUGCGCAGUGUGAAGGAACGCAAGCUGGAGAAGAAGAAACAGAAGGAACAGGAGCAAGGUGAAGGCACCAAGGAUAUUGCUGCAGCAACCAGGCUCCCGGUCAACCCACAGGAAGUCCCCUUGUGGCUACCCUGA